UAUGUCUGAAACAUUCAACCUUCUUCAACCACCUUCCUUAUGAACACGCAUUCCCUUUCUUUCUCUUUCUCUUUCUCUCUCCGUGGAAAUUGCUUCCUUGUCUCACUCUUGCAAUUUCCCCACCUUUCUUCCUUCCUUCUAUAAACCAUGAUCCCUUCAUAUUCCUAUUCCUAUUCCUAAUAUACCCAAUCUUCCAUAAAAUUUCACCCCCUCCCUUUCUUCCACACCAAAACGACCAUGCCGUUUCCGUGGAAGAAAAACAAAAACAGGGUCACCCGAAUAUCCCAGAUCGUCGCCGAUUUCCAAUCUCCAAAACGCGGCGGUUCCCUCGUCGUCGAGACCGGCUUCCCCACCUCCCUCAUCGAUCUCUUCGUCAAGAACCGCAGCCGGUUCAAGAAAUCCAAGUCCAAGAAACCGGUUCGACCCGAAAUACCUGAUCCGCCGCCGCCUCCACCUUCGCCGGAAAUCACUCCCACGCCGCUACCGGAACCACCGACUCCGACCGUUCCCCGCGCGGAGGCUCCGAGGCUGAGUCUGUCGAUCGGAGAAAACGGCGAGGGGGUUGCGGGUGCGGUUUCGGGUCGGGUCGGAGAAUGCUGCGGUUGUGGAUCGGGAUCGAAUAUGGUUGUCGGUGUUGUUGUGAAGAUGUUGGUGGUGGCGGUUUUGGUCGCGACCGUGGAGAGGCUCACGGUUGGGAUCACCGUGUCGGCGUUUGCGCUUCUGUUUCUUGAAUACGCAGGUAAACGUGUCGUUUCGUGUCUUGGGCCUUGUUCCAAUGCAAGCGUGACGGUGCCGGUGGAAUCUUUAUCCCAAAGGGUCUCUUCUUGUGUUUGGUUUCAGAAGCUUCUUCUUCAGUUGAAGGUGAAGAAAGAGUGUGAACAUGAAACAACAAGAGCUGAAUUGAGCUCUUGUUCUUUAUCGAUUGAUGAAAUUGAAGUUGUGGAAUCAAAGAGUGAGGUUGGGGUUUCUUGUGAAUUGGAUUCGAUUUCUCUCAUUGGUGACAUCACAUGGGGUUGUCCACAAUUGGUGGAUGAUGAUGAUGAUGAUUCUUCAAAGGGAAAAAUUGUGGCUCCAUGCCUAUGUGAAGUUUCUGAAUGCAAAACUAAAGUUAGCCGUAGUGGUAGGUUUAAGUCCAAGAUGGUGAAGAAACUUGUGCCUAAGAAGUUUCGUGCCUCUAAGAAAGAGAAAAAAGAGAAAGGAAUUAAACUGAGGGAAGCUGAGUCAGGUAGUGAAGUUUCAAGUGUUGUGGAAGAAGAUAAGGUACAAGAUGAUGUUGGAGAAGAAUUGGAAGAGAAUAGAAAUAAGUCAUCUUUGUUGCUUAAAACUGAACUUGAGUGUAUAAGAGAUGAUGAUGGGGUUGAUUGUGGAAUCACUUGUUCCAAAGUGGCAAAGGAGGAGAAGAGAAUAGGUAGUGUUGUUGUUGGGCAUUCAAGUUACGCAAUUCUACUUGUAAUUACCCUUGUUGGGCUUCUUGUGGGUCGUUUCCCUGCAUUGAUACUUAUAAUGAUAUGGUGUUUCUUGCUAAAGAUAGUUAAAACUCUGUGGAGAUCACAGAAUGUGCCUGUGAUAAAAUGUUAUGUACCAAAGUCUUGAUGGAGGACUAGGUGGUCUUUUGGGGAAACAGUUUUUCUUGCACAAUUUUCCUUUUUCUUCUUUUCUUCUUCUCUUACUAGAUGAUAUAGUCUAAAACCUUGAAAGCUUAUUCCAGUGAUAGGAUCUCCAACCAUUUGUUGGGAAACCAACUUGAUGCGAUCGAUGUAUUUUGAAUGUAAAAUUUAUAGAUACCAGUGAUAGUGGAUACAUACUUUGACCCAGAUCCUUUAUGUGUCAUGUAUUUUUGUUCAAUUGC